AUGAUCAUUGACCAAGAAGAACGAACAAAAAUUAUUUCUGUAUACUCAGAAUGCCUUUAUAAAGAUUUAUGUAUACAUAUUGAAUGAAAAUAUGGGAUAGUGCUCAGGCGGUUGACUGUGCUAUUAGGGACAUGGCUUCUUAAUUAUGAUAAGUGAAAAAAUAAGAAAAUCAGUAAAAUAGGUAAAAAAGGAAUCCAAAACGGUGAUUCAUUGAGAAUUAUGAACCAAAAUAUUGGCAGGUAA